AUUUACUUUUUAUUUUACUCACUAUCAAUCUCCCUUUUAGCUUUAAGGUGUUUAGUUAUCUCCUUAGCUAUUCUAAGGGGUUUGGAAAAAGCAUGCAAUGAAAUAACCUGAGCUUGUUCUUUCCUCAUAGUAGCUCUUGCUUUAUCUUUUUCUAGGCCCAAUUUUCUUAUUUUUUAUUGCGGGUUUGAGCUUAGAAUAGUACCUAUGGUUUAUAUCAUCUUACGAUGGGGAAGAGAAGCUGUCCGCCUAGUGGCGGGUGGUUAUAUAGUUGUUUAUACUUUAUUCUCUUCUAUACCUCUUUUAUGGGCACUUGCUUGUUUAAGCCAUAAAGCUGGAGAUGUUUCAAUAGUUUUAUUUAAUAAAACACCAUUUAGAGGUAUGAUGGGUGGUCUUUGGUGAGUUUGUCUGAUUUUAGCCUUUCUUGUUAAAUCUCCUAUUUAUCCAUUUCACCUUUGGCUCCCUAAAGCUCAUGUGGAGGCCCCAACUUUUGGUUCAAUAAUUCUGGCCGGAAUUAUACUUAAACUAGGGACUUAUGGGUUAUUUCGUGUUUUUCCUUUAUAUGGGAAUGGGCACUGAAUUAUUAAUUCUUUAGUAAUUAGUUUAGGUAUUUGGGGCGCUAUUUAUAGCGGAAUUAUUUGUCUUCGGUUGGUAGAUAUAAAAGAGGUAAUUGCCUAUGCUUCUGUAGGACAUAUGGGCCUUGUAGUUUCUGGGAUUUUUAGUUGAAAUUCAUGGGGGUUUCACGGUGCUUACAUAAUAAUGUUAAGUCAUGGGCUGAUCUCAUCCCUUCUAUUUGCACUUGUUGGGUUUAUGUCCGAUCUAUCUGGAUCACGUGGUUUUAUCUUUAACCGUGGUUGGAUAAAUAUUCGACCAUUCUUAUCAGUGUUUAUAUUUAUGGGCUGUUCAGCUAACAUAGGUGUUCCUCCAUUUCCCAGGUUUAUUGCCGAGCUUAGGUUAAUAGGAGGUCUAGGGUCAAUAAAUUAUAUUAAUUUUUUUUUAGUGGGUAUUGCUUCUGUUUUAACCGGUGCAUAUAGGUUACGAUUAUAUUUGUUAACUCAGCAUGGAAGUUCCUCUAGGCAUUUAUUACCUAUUAAUAAAGUAAACAACGGGCCAGUGUUUCUAAGUAUAUUAAUACAUUGUGUGUUUAUAGGAUUACUAAACUUUGUUUGAAUAUUUUAG